AGACGUCAGAGAUGACUGAUGUUGAGCCUGUAGUCACAGAUUUUGCUGCAUCCGGACGGGCAGGGCGCCGAAAUGCCUUACCAGACAUUCUGGGUUCUUCUGCCGGAGCUGGAACGUCCGAACUGCCACACAAAUUAGCAAAACUCUCAAUGUCAGAAGGAGCUGAAGGAGGAGAAGCGUCAUCCUCUGAUGCCACUAUGGAAAACCAAGAGAUGGAAGGAAAAAGAAUAGAUUCCUAAUGUUUAUAAAAUGUUCGGUUUUGGUGAUUACCUACAAACUUCACUGCCAGAGUGUCCAAGACUCUGAAAUAUGUAAUAUCUGUAACUGGCUAAUAUGAAUAUGGUGUGUUGAAAAAUUAGUUGUUUUCAAUUUCAUCAAGAAGCAAUUUAUUUAUUUAUAAAUCAUAGCCAGCAUCUGCAGAAAAAAAAGAGAAGUCCAAUGUAAUCAGCUGAUUAUUGCAAAUAACCAAAUACGACAAACUUCAUUACAGUAAUAACUUGGGGUCUUUUCUGAUAAUAAAAUAUAGAUAUCAUGUUUGGUUUGAGCUUAGAAUAUAUUUGUACAUACAUACAUGUGCACGCACACAAACACACAUUUUAUACCUAUAAUAGUACACAAAAGCACAUAUCAAAAUCAGUAAAUUCCAGGCCAAGAAUGUAAGAACUUUAUA